AUGGUUCGCCUUGGAGGACUCACCGAGGUCGAGAGCAUUCUUGAACGUCGUCGAGAACAAUUCCUUGGGCCUCGAUCCAUUCAUCAACCACCACAGUCGAACAGUCGCACAAAGGAGCUCUCGUCGAAAUUUGCACGCUUUUUCCUCACAGCAGCCCCAACCAUACCCAUACCAUAUGAGUACAUUAGCAAUUUCCGCCCUUGA